AUGGCAGACGCGUUUGCUCCCUUCAGGGUGGAUGUUGACUUAGAAGCCGAGCGGGCGUUUGAUACUCGACAGAUCCACGCAGGUGCAAAGCCUAACCCCGCCACAAAAGCAAGGGCUGUGCCUAUUUACGCGACAGCACCUACAGUAGAAGUGUUUGAGAAGAGAGUCGCUGCUUUGGAAGGCGGAACCGCCGCGGUAGCAUGUGCUUCUGGCCAGUCGGCAGUCUUUCAAGCAAUAAUCUUGUGUCUAGCUCAUACUGGGGAUAACAUCGUUGCAUCAACCGCUCUCUACGGUGGUAGCUACAGCAUGUUCAAGACGCUUCUACCUCGUAUAGGGGUGACUGUUAAAUGGGUGACUAGUGACAACGCUAAGGAUUACCGGCCGCUCAUUGACGAUCGGACGAAGCUAGUCUUUGUAGAGACAGUGGGCAACCCACGUAUCAGUAUCCCGGAUCUCCAGGCAAUUGCCGAUAUCGCACAUGAGUACUCGGUUCCCCUUAUAGUUGACAACACCUUUGGAGCAGGGGGGUUUUGGUGCCCCGUGAUCUCUUUCGGUGCUGACAUUGUCGUCCAUUCUGCAACCAAGUGGUUGGGCGGCCACGGCACAACCGUCGGAGGCGUCAUUGUAGACUCGGGAUGCUUCGAUUGGAACAAAGCCGGGGAUCGGUUCCCGCAUCUCACCCAGCUCAGCGAUGGACCCAUGCCAUUUUCAUAUGCAGCUAAUUUUGGCCGAGUGGCCUUUGCCAUGGCCCUGCGGCUCGAAAUUGUUAUGGAGGUAGGGAGCGUGUUGAACCCCUUCGCUGCACAACAGAUUCUCCUCGGCAUGGAAACCCUGAGCCUCCGUUGUGAUCGGAUAGCCUCCAACGCGUUGAAGAUUGCCACAUUUUUUUCCAAACACCCACAGACCAAUUGGAUCAGUUAUCCUGGAUUGCCGACGGACAAGUACCAUUAUAGAGGAAAGAAGUAUCUUCGUCGUGGCGUCGGAGACUGCAAAACCAUGGCGACACAUCCUUGGAGCUCGACGCACGCCAUCAUGACCGAGGAAGAUCGGACAAAUGCAGGGAUCACCGAAGAUCUCAUCCGUCUUUCUGUGGGAACAGAAGACGUAGAAGAUAUUAUCAAGGACAUUACCCGGGGGCUACAGGCUAUUACACGCAGUGAGAAGAUAACGAAUGGACAAGGACACGCAGAGAGUGACAAUUAG